UAUUCAGCAAUUCAGCGGACAAUACCGGCGUGUAAUGCAUACUGUCCAUUGUACAUAGCCAAAGAAUCGCACAGUAUACAAACAUAUGUAUUGACAUCUUUCGUCAGCAGAGACAGGGGCAUCUUAUCUCCAUAAGCAGCUGUUCAAAUCUCAGUGAAUCGGCGACAUCACACAGAAUCGAAUGUAAAAUCGUUUCGAGAAUAUCAUUUUUGUGUUUUAUUUAAACUUGCUUCGUUUAACAGUUGCUUAAAAGUUGAAGUGAUGAAAUUUCCACGGUUUUUCCAUUUCAAGUGUCCAUCUUUAGAACGUAUCACUUACCAUUGCUUACGAGUUUUGGGUAUUUUGAUUGGAAUAGCGGCCAUUGUCUACUUUAUGUACGAUGGCAAAAUUCGUGAUGAUGGCAGCAGAAGAAAGGCACAGGAACGAUUGAUUAGGCGAAGAAUCGUCAUCGUGAUCAUAUACUCCUGUUGGAUUGUGGGAAUCAUCUUGGAAAAAUCAAUUUUGAUGUGGUUUGUGCUUUAUGUCGUGAUCAUUGCCUUUGCGUAUUGUGUCUUCACACUGUUGUCGGUUUUAUUAUCCAUUUUUUCGCUGUGGAUUCAUCAUGCAGAUAUUCCGGGCGAAGCGUAUAUGUCGCUCGUUAAAUAUAGCUUGACGUCAGUAUUUUUCCUCUUGCUGCUCCUCGUGCACUACUUUAUAUAUAAAAUGGUGGACCAAGGCAUUAAAGCGUGCGUAACCCAGAAUGAAGAGACAACAUUGCUGAACAAAGGGAAGAAUGCGACGGCCAAUGGCAACAAAAAAUGUGGAAUUAAGUUCCCGUGCUGUGUUUAAGAGAAGAAGAAGAAGAAGAAGAAGAAGAAGAAGAAGAAGAAGAAGAAAAAUUGAGUGUUUUCAACGCAUGCAGAUUCCCAGUGUAUCUUUUACUAAAGCAGCUUUUCUAUUUAUAGAAAAAACUAAAUGACAAUAACCUUAUUAACAUGUUUUAUGUAUUGUAUUAUCCAAUGGCUGUUGUAUUCAACAUUUUACAUAUUAAUGUGUUCAAUAUUCACUGUUGUUUUUGUAUUUAGCGGGAAGUGUGUUUCAACUGUGACUGUAUUGUUGUAUAGCCUCCAUAAGUGCAUUUUCAUGAGAAGAGAAUGACAUUCUCUUACGGCUUGUUACGGAUGCUAUCCAACAACAUAGUCAAAGUGUUCAAAAUUCAUAUAGAAAUUUAAUAUUUACUGACGACAUCAGUGUGACCUUACAAAAAAAAAAAAAAAUCUUGAGACUAUGAAAAUGCGUGCUUUAAUAAAACUUAAUUGUCCAGAAGAAAA